CUAAAAAUACGCUCACGUGUUCCUAUCCGGAAGCUCUACAUUUCUCUGACUCACAGCAGCGAGUUUCCCGGGAACAACCUUGCAUCCCCUGCUGUGCCUUGUUGGGGCAGCAUGGGGAGGUCCCGGGAGGCAGGCUGGGUGGCGGGCCUGGUGCUCGGUGCCGGCGCUUGUUACUGCGUUUACCGACUGGCUUGGGGGAGCGAAAAAAGCCGGAAGAUGGCUACUGCUUGCGAGAGCCGAGGCUGCCCCGCGGGGGCUGGGCUGACGCUGCUCCAGCGGGCAUCCCGCCUCCCCGUGGUAUCCAGCCCCUCCUCCCCUGCAGAGGACAAUUGUACCAAAUCGUCUACUAUACUGGAUGCACAACAUCUUAAAAAACUCAUUUGCUUGCUAGAGUCAACCGAGGAUCCUUUAAUGCGUGAAAGAGCUUUGAUUACACUGGGUAACAGUGCUGCGUUUUCAAUUAAUCAAGAUAUUAUUCGUAAUUUGGAUGGUCUCUCAGUCAUUGGAAACAUACUGAAAGAUCCGAAUCCCAAAGUUAAAGAGAAGGCUUUAAAUGCACUAAAUAACUUAAGUAUGAAUGUUCUGAACCAGAGAGAAAUUAAGAUAUAUAUCAGCCAAAUCUGUGAGGAGACCAUCUCUUCUCCCUUGAAUUCAAAUGUGCAGCUGGCUGGCCUGAGAUUAUUAACAAACAUGACAGUCACUAAUGACUAUCAGCACUUAAUUGCCAAUUCAAUAUCAGACCUCUUCAAUUUAUUAUCUGUGGGAAAUGAAAACACCAAGAUUCAAACCCUAAAGGUGCUUUUGAAUUUGUCAGCAAAUCCGACCAUGGCAAGAGAACUUCUUAGUGUGCAAGUACCAUCAUCAUUGAUUUCCCUCUUUGUUGGAAAUAUAGAGAAUGAAAUUCUUCUUCGUGUCCUUACACUCUUUUUAAAUUUAAAUUACAGUAUAAAACAGAAAGAGAAUGAAUUUGCCCAGGAUCAAUUUGAUAAUGAUUCUCUUUUCUGUCUACUUUAUGGAGAAUCUACAGAGUGUACUGAGAAACUCCUAUCCUUAUUAUAUCACCAUGAUGUCAAAGUGAGAGAAAAAGUUGCAAAAAUAAUAACCAUGCUUUGAUUGGCCUUGUAUUCCAAAAAAAAUUCAUAAGUAAUUUACUCAAUGUUACAGUCCAUGAGCAAGAUAAAUGGUUGUGAAACUGUUCUGUCAUUCACAUAGUUUGGGACUGUCACCCCCUAGAUUACAAUGGUGAUUACAGGACUUUGGGGUAGAGGAAGGAAAUUUAUUUAGGAGUGUUGUUCUUAUUGGCAAAAAAUAAGACCAUGGUUCUGAUAGGCCUUUUGCUCAGACGUUCUUGUCAUUUACUGUGACCAGUGGAGAAGGUAGGCUCUGAAAUUUUUUAGGAUUUUAGAACAGUAAAAUAAAACUCAGAGAAUGGGGUCCACAAUUCACAGAGUAGGAAGUAAGGACCCUGAAGGAAGGUAUCUGGGAAUUUCUUUGUGACUUUCUGGUCUAAAACAGGCAUGAAGGCCUUGAGGCCUCCAGUCCUGGAGAGCUAAUUCAGAUUCAUCUUCUCUUGCUCAUGUGUAGCAUGAGGUAUCUACUACCUGAAAGGGAAUCUGUAUUGAUUUUACCCUUGAAGCCUUGAGAAAGUAUUGUGGGCUAAAACAUACAAAACCUCACUUGCUAAACAGGAGUUUGUUAUCUGAAAAGCAGAAGAGUAGGAUCCCUUUCCAACUCCAUAUCUAUGAACUGACAGUUGGACCAGAACAGAAAACUUGAGUUUGCACCAAACAGGGCACCAUCUUAGUUCUUUCUGAAAAAUGAAAUGGAUUUUUCAUAUGCUUUAAUUUCAGCAUAUGCUAUUUUAAAUGAAUUGUCUUUUUAAGCAAAGGACUCUUUAAAGUGAUUAUUAUUUGGUAGCAUUUGAAGCAUAUUUAUAUAAUUCACUCAUUGUCUUUAUAUAAAGAUGUUUUUGUUUAUUGAAGUUUAUUUUAAGAUAUGUUAAGUGACACUUAUCUCAACCAAAUAAACUUUUGGUGGCUUGAA